AUGGCCCUUUGCUCUUCCACAGAGAGUUUGCCUCUGCUUCUUGCGUUUAGCCAGAUUUCUCAAAUGUCACCAAAGGACCAAGCGAGUGCGGCUGGAUCCAUUCUUGGUAUGCUUGCCACCGUUUCGGCUGCCAACUCGACUAACCAUAAAUUAGACUUCACCUCCCACCUUGAAUCUGCCCUCAGCAACGAAGUGAACGUGUCGGCCGAAGGCUUUCCUGACCUCUCCGUUUACUUGGAUGCUCUUCCACUCCCCCGUAAGGCUCUCGCUCCGGGCCAGCGGCUAGAAUUCGACCGCAAGGGCGUUGUGCUCUGGAACACAUGCUGCAAACUGAGUAGGAGCGAAGGAAGUUCGCAACUGCGCGUCAACCUGGCAAAGGAUGCCGGCCUGGUUGACAUCGCCUCCAAGGUCAUCGAACAGCUGGCCUCAAAACUAGAAGCUCCUCUCAAGAGGGCCGACCACGAAGAGUUCGAUAGCGGAAGAAUCACGGAAAGCUUGAAUGCACAAUUCUUGUUGAUGCGCAUCAUAUUGGCAUGGAAACAAGGACGACUAGACCUAGCCGAGCAUUUCUACAGCCAACUUGAGGCAUUCAAACCUCAGUUAUGUUCUGUUCGGAUCGGAGAACUUCUUGACCUAUGCUACGAGAUCGGCAAUGAUCAGCUCAACCAGAAAAAUCACAAUCUGGCCGUGAAAUGGCUGAAGAGAGGUUUCCAACUCACGACUGAAUGUGGAACCCAGAUUGAGGAUGUGGAUAUCCUUGAUCUAAGACUUGCCCUCAUACACACUUGCGCAGUCCGAGCUCUUCUAGCGAUCAACGAGCCGCAAGCUGGUCAAGAGGCAUUUCAAAUCCUCCAGGGACUUCGCGAGGAAUUCGGCCACAAGCUUCCUGUCAUCCUCCUCCAAUUAGAGCUGUCUGCAAAAGAUCCGUCUGCCAAUCCGGACGCGUUCUCUGCUGGUAAGGCCAAUCUUGCACUAUGUGCAUCAUCUCAAAACUCUGAGGUGCGACUAGCAAGCAAUGCAGGAGUCAAGCUGACCGAAAUCAGCACCUCACAUGCUAUCCGAGUCUUGGAGUCAUACAUUGUCCUGCGACUUGCCCCAAGUGACGAAUACACAUGGACUGAAAACGCCAUCGUCACAUUGAUCUGGCUCAUGACUGUGGAAAGCAGUGAUCACGACAAUAUCGACCCAUUAUCCCUCGAGGAAGCAUUUGACAAGAUCCAACAAGCUUGGAACAGAGCCCUUAGUGCGGAGGCGACUCAUGGCGCACUGAUUCUAUUGUGGAAGCAAAUUGAACAUACCUUCGACAAGGGGUUGAAGGAUAACACGACCAAAUGGUGCCAGGUUGCACUACAUCAAUUGUUGGCCAAGGCUGGAGACAACAACGUCGGGAAAAUUGAGAGGAAAAUUGUCAAAUGUCAAAUCGAUCUCUGUAACCUUGAAGCUGCCUAUGCCACCCUCGAAAAGAUGCCGCCAGCAAGAAGACAGCACCCGCUCUCCCGAUAUCUGCGAUACUGCCUCGCUCUGCGGCGUGAGGAUGAAGCUGACGCGAGAUCAACACUAGCGUCCCUUGCCACCGUCCACGAUGACCGGAACAAACUAUUGUUUGCCGCUGUUUCAGAAGCAACCCGAUACGGUAGCAAAUUCCAGGGAGCGCAACUACUCCAGCGCAUUCUGGACAAGUACAAAGACAAUCUACCCGCGGAAAUCGAUGCAUCCGCCCUUCUCAGGAGAUGUACAGCUCGUCUUCUCCUUUUGGCAGUUUCGGAAGCUGACGAUGUUGACGAAGAGCUCCUGUCUCGGCUAUGCGGCAUCUUCAAGUCCGCUGCACUAUUCACCCAGAAACAGCGUAGCGAAAGAGCGACGUUGGAAUCUCAACUGCCAGAAAGCAGGUGGUUUGAGAAGACUAGCUACAAUACUGCUGUUCAAUACCUCCAGUCAUGGCCGGCGAAAUAUGUCAUCGAUCUUCUAUACUAUUCGUGCCAAAUACACCUUCCUACCCAUGCUCCGGUCCAGGUCCGAUGUGAGAAACUCAUCCAUGAAGUCGACGCAAAGUACAUUCAGGCAAUCCUGUACACUGUCGAGGCGAGGGCCGCCGCUGCUUCGGACACAACUGAAGCCAUUCCGAAAACUGCAUAUGCCGGCAAGGCCCCACCAUCUUCGCCGACAGAAAUCAAGUCUACUUUGUACAGGAAUGUAAUCGCCAACUACUUUGAAAUUCAAAGCCACAGGAAUGCCUUGGGUGAGAGCCACUGUACGGGCCUCAUCAAGCAGGAAGUUCUCGAGGCCAUCGCGCAGAAACUCAUUGCCUUGGCUCCCCUAGCGUUCGAAGCAGUGCUCUUCCUGGGAUGUACAAGCACAGCCGAUGUUCCUUCUGGCGAAGCUCAGUUUCAUGAUGAACUCUCCCUUGCUAGACUGGUCGAUCAGAUGGUGCAACUGAACCCACCCCAGAAAACGUACUCGGUCUUUGCCGACAUGAUCCUCUCCGCCUUUAUGGACUCGAACAACAAUCCUUUUGGUCAGGAAGGUCCAACUAGAUCUGUGCUGCCAAUCUCCACGACAACGAACUUGAUCGCAAAGCUGAUAUCGGGGCUGCGAAACCACCCGGGGUACGACACCAGCCAAGCCGCAAGAUGGGUGAGGUGUGUGGUUCAGGUUGUUCUUGAUGGGCGGGAGUAUUCGCACCAGGCGCACCACGAAUCCAAGAACGCGGGCGGCACGAGGGAAGCGAAAGCGAAAGGUCUGCGCACCGUGGCCAAAAUCACUGAGCAUGCCUUGAAUCUGGGGCGGCGGUCCGCUCCUCCUGAUCAAGAUCAAGGGUAUCCGCCGGAAGAACUGGAGUGGCUCGCAGCCACGCUGUUCAAUCUAUCUAUCGAUCUCUACGCGUCGGCGUCGGCGUCGACAUCGGAAUCCCCGGCAGCCGAUGUCUGCGUUGGGCAAGAUCAAGGGGAUAAGCACCAGGAAGGCGGACAAGCCAUCACGAGACCGCAGUUCUGGGCCAAGAGGGCCGUAGAGAUAGCGGACGUCCUGGCGAUGAUGGAUACUGCACGAGGCGGCGGCGCCGAUGCGGGAAUGCUGGCACAGGUCCUCCGCGAGAGAUGUCGGAAACUGCACUGGGACGUUUGA